GACCUGCCCAGCAGCCACCACAAUUUCGCUUGUCAAGGGAUCCCACGCGAGCUGGUGAUAGCGGUCAACGCUAAACGUCGAGGUGCGGAAGUCGGUGUCGAACUAUGUGAUGUGGUUGAGGACCAAAUGAAUUGGCGGUUGCUUGGUCGAUCGUUAUGUCAACGAUUGUUCUGACAUUGCGAAGUUGUGUAGGCUUCUUUGUAACUAAUCCAUUGGCCAAUAGCAGUGCAGCAGUGACUGAUUUUAGACAAAAAGAGCACUACAAAUUGGUACAGCCGGAGGACGCUGGGCGUCUUGGCUUGAGCUGUGUGGUGUCCAGAGCUGAAAGAUUGGGCAGGUUGUACGAUGGUAGCGAGCUGCCGCGUGGUAGCGAACUUGCUUUUUGCUCCAAAGGGAGAAAGGGGCCCUUCAAAAGUGCCGCGGAAUCUCCCGGUGUGGUAGCUGUGACAGCACGUGGAGUCAAGCUGAGAGCCUGGGUGUCUGUACUCUGUACUGAUGAUUAGUGAACCUCGUCGGACAUCGGUCGAUGAGUCUCUUGGUCUGAGUUGUGAAGAGGUGAAUGAGCUGAAGUGUUGAAGCGCGUUAUAAGAGUGUAAUGAUUUGAAUUCGUCUGAAGGAGGGGCCUCGUCAUCCUCGCCAGAAUGCGAGG